AUGACACUAGUUGGGGUUCUAAUGAUAACAAAUUGUGUGAUAGCACGAAGAAGAUUGUCUCAAGAAGUAAAUUUGGAAUUAGAGUUGCAACUUAAGCUUCUGAAUAAACCUGCGCUUAAAACUGUGAAGACGGAACAUGGUGACGUAUAUGAUUGUGUUGAUUUCUAUAAGCAACCUGCGUUCGAUAAUCCUCUUUUAAAAGACCAUGAUUUUCAUUUUGACAUGAAACCAAAUCAUGAGAUCCAAAGAUUGACGACUCGCGAAAGUAAAGAUUUGAGUAGCGACAAGAUUAAAGCAUUUGAGUUCAAAGGAGUCGGGUGUCCACAUGGAACUGUACCAAUCAAAAGGACAACCAAAGAGGAUCUGAUGAGGCUUAGAAACUCAACCGGCUCGAUUAUACAUCCUCAAACCGAUGCUGAUGAACCGGGACUACACUUUGCGGGAGCUCAAGUAAAUAACAGAAAGCUAGACAAUAUGAAAUUAGGAGGAGGAGAAGCUUAUUUUAGCCUAUACCAAACUCCAGACGUUGGCCAAUUGCAAUUUAGUUCUGGUUUGAUCAAAGUAGCUGCUGGUGAUGAUUUCAUAAAAGCCGGUUGGACCGACAUUGGGAGUGGGAACUGGUGGUUAAGAUUGGGUGACAUAGACGUAGGUUUUUGGCCAAUUCAAACUCUGGUAGGAUUAGGUGAUACUGCCACCGAUAUAUACUGGGGAGGAGAUGUGUUCAGUGUCCCGAACUCAAAGAGUUGUCCGAUGGGUAACGGCAAAACAAUGACGGGUCCGUACCCGAACCUAUAUGCAUAUGCACGGGGCGUGUCGGUUCUUGACGAAAAUAAAGGAACACUUGAGUCAGUAGAUGAUAGAAACGAUCUUGUAUCAGAUAUCGGUAUGAGUUACGUUCUCCAAAGUCUUAAUGGUUGGGGUAAAACCAUCUUCUUUGGUGGUCCUUCUGGUGUAUUUGGAAAAUAG